AUGCAGCUCGAUAUGUCUUCGACAAAUUAUGAUAAUUUUGAGAGUAUCAUGAACUCAAUAUUUCCACCUUCAUACAUUCCUUUCAUUCCAGAUGAUCCCAGUACCGGUUUACAAGCCGAGUACCAAAGUAUCAAAGAACGAAUUAUACUAAAACCAAUGUCGAUUCUUGAUGCUCAAAGAUAUUUUGAUGACCACAAAGAAGCAAUAUUGAAGAAUGUGGAUGAAGAAUUAUUGACUAAAACAAUUCGAAAUACAAGGUUUUGGAAGAUAUUUCAAGUAACUCGGAAUCCUUUUCAUCCAAUUAUCAUAAAUCUAAGUCUAAUACAAGUGUUAGCUUCUUAUCUAACCAGCAAAGAAAGGAUAAGAGAAUGGAUCCUUAAAACCCAGUUCGGAAAUGCAUGCUUAGAUCAAAAAUUGUUCGCUAAAAUAUACAAGAUGCUCUUUGUAUUCCCAAAAUCUUUAUGUUCAACUAAAGUGCUUCAUACAGAAAUUGACUUAACUUUGGAGAAUCAAAAUAAACUCACAGAUGAUCAUGCUAAUACUUCAAAUAACUACAGGCCAAUUCCCAAUAAUGACGAGAGAAGUUUUAUGCUAAGAAAUGCUGCUGAAUCUCUCGAUCCGCCAGAUACAUAUUUAUCUCAAAAAGGUUUAGGCAUGAAGCGGUCCAUUUCUACAGGUAAUACCAAUGAUAGUAUAAAUUUUCAAUAUGAUGAAUUACCAACUGAAUGGAUUGAUGGUGAAGUUGAUAAAUUAGAAAUUAAAUUAGAUGAGUUGCUAGAACCUAGUACAGCGGAUGGAUAUGGUUUGGAAGUGAUGCUUGAAUUUUAUAACAAUCUACUAAGUGAUGCUUUUAAUGGACAACAUUUUGCUGAUCAUACCACGGAUCCUGAAUACAAACAUAGUUUAAGCUAUUACAAUGAUGUAGUAGCACCAGUACUGAAGUUGUUGAAUUUUGCUACUGAAAAAGAUACAAAUAAAAGGGCUCUCAUGAUCAACAAUAGUACAAACAUAUCAGUCAAACAGAGUAUUGGGCAAAGUCACCCAGCAUUUGAAUUUACUACUCCAAAUAACAAAAGGAUUGACAUUGUGCUACUCUUCAAUCAUAUCAGCGCUGCUAUUAACUCUCCAGUUACAUCUCCUAUUAUGUUGAUUGAAUCAAAGAAACCACGUGUGUUUAGAGAAAGUUCCUCGAGCCAAAUGAAAAUGGAUAAAUUUAUCAAAACUUCAUCAAAAUUUAAGAAAAUAUCCACCCAAGCAUUUAAAUACUCAAUUUCAUUGAAACUACGUUUUGGAGUAAUCACUGAUAAUGAAUAUAGUUUCUUUUAUUGUAUUCCAAAAGAGAAGAAUGAUCUCAAAAGUAUCUUGGAGACUAAAUCAGUAACAUUAGAUUGUAUAAUAUCAAAUGAUAGGUUUUUGAAAGCUCCAAGGAAUCAAGGUCACCAGACUCUCAACCAGUUAAAUAGGGUGGAGUCAACACUAUUAUUUGCUAUUUUCAUUGCAAGAGCUGCAUUAUUUGGUCAUGAAGAUGAUAGUACUGAUGAUUCAUUUUGGCAAAUUUUGAGACGUAACUUCGUUGAUGAGUUUAGUGAUAAUGUUAGUGAUAGCUCUCAUUCGUCAACAUCUAGUCAUUCAGAAUCUAGAGAUGUACCACCAAGCUCAAACAUGAGUCAAGCUAUGUCCCGUCAAAGUGGUAUUCAUUCAGCUGGUACUGCAUCUAGAACCGAUGCGCCUACAUCAAGGGAUAUUUUUAAUAGUUAUUUUCAUGAACCAGUUAUAGGGUAUAAUAAGGUUACAAAACUCAAUAAACUUGAUCACCCAUCACUUAGUACACUUUAUCUAGUUAAUUGCAAAGACUUUCAUGAUUUAAUAAUGAACUAUAUAUAUGAAGAUGAUAAAGAUCACUUGCAACAAUUGAUAACCCAAAAGCCAGAUUCAAAAAUUUUGAUUAAAGUGUACAUAAAAGAUGAUAUGAUGGAACAGCUAAUAGAUCACGAAGAAGAUGAGUUUUUCUCAUUCAAACGUGCUAAAAAAUAUACUCAAAAGUUUUUAAACCACAAUGUUCAUGAUGAAGUGAAUGUGAAUAAAAUUGUUAGGUAUUAUAACAAUGAGAAGCUCAUGAAUAACAAGCCUGAUGAAUGCUUGAAGGUUCCUUUAUUCAUCACUUCAGGUGUCAUUAUUGAUGAGAACAAAUGGUCUGCGCCUGAAUUGGGAUCAUUUGCUGCAUUUGAAUAUUUAGAUAAUUUGGUGUCAUUGGAAAAUGAAGCUGAUGUUAGUGGUGGUUUAAUCCCAGUAGUCAAGAAAUUGCAUUCAUUAGGUAUUUCUCAUGGAGAUAUUCGCUUGGAAAAUGUUUCAAAAACUAAAGAUACAGGAGAGAUUAUAUUGAUGGAUUUUAACCGAUCGAGGAUUCUUUCGGAUAAUGCAGAUAAUAUCGAUUGGCAAAGGGAGCUCAAAAGACAUGAUUUUUAUGUAUUGAGGCACCUCAGGUAUGAUCUUGGCUUGGAUCAACCAGAGGAUGAAAAUUUGUCAGAUUAUAUUAAUUAG